UUUAACUCUGUGAAUUUCGAAAGAAGAAGAAGAGAAGAAGAAGAAGAAGAAGAAGAAGAAGAAGAAGAAGAAGAAGAAGAAGAAGAAGAAGAAGAAGAAGAAGAAGAUCCAUGAUAUGCUGGUGUUUGGUUUGGUGAAGCGAGGUUUAGGGUUCUUGUUAAGGUUCAUGCUGCGUUUCUUCUUCCGAUCCUUCAACAGAGCAAUGGGUUGCUUCUUCGCGUGUUUCAGGAACAACGAUAACCAUCGUCGCCGUACUCACCUUACCGCCAACUCUUCUAGUUCCACCGAUGUUCUGGUAUCUCGAAACAGUUAUUCCUCUGUGUUUCAAGCUCAAGAGAGAGAAGAUUGUGCAAUCAAUUGCGGUGAUGUUGUGGAAUUUCAGGGAGAUGACCUGGGGCUUAAGGAUGAGGCCAAGUUUCUUAAAGCCUGUGGUACUUUACCAGGGACACCUGUUGAAAUUCGGAAAACAUCUGAGAAACUGAAAGUGUCACCCUCUCCCGAUAAACAUUCUGAGCCAUCAAGGUUUCAUUCUUGGCUUCCGAAUGAGUCUGUUGAGAAACUUCAACUGGAUUUUCGUUCAGUUAACCCCCCAACGCCCUUAAAAAUUUGCCAAGAAUCGGGAGAUAGCACAGACUCUUUUGAGCACACACCAGACAGAUGUUUAUCUGAUAUACAUUCUGAGCCUUCAAGGUUUGAUUCUUGGCUUCCCAACGAGUCUGUUGAGAAACUUCAACUGGAUUUUCGUUCAAUUAAGCCCCCAACACCCUUAAAAAUUUGCCAAGAAUUGGGAGAGAGCAGAGACUCUUUUGAGCACACACCAAACAGAUGUUUAUCUGAUGCACGAGAUAGUCACCAUGAAUCUCUUGAACAUAUGGAAGUAAAUAAGACAGGGAGCCCUCAUACUGCAGAUAGGGCUGAAAAUAAUCCAGCUCCAGAUUCACCUUGGCUAGCCACAGAAACACAGAGGAAGUGCAAAUCAGUCCGGUUUAAGUGUGAUACGGGCUUAUCAUCCUGUGGAAGUUCAUCUGAUGAUAGUCGUUUGAAGAAAAGCUGGUCACCAAAUAACCAAAAUGCAAAUAAGCGAUCACCUUAUCCUACCCCAUUGAAGUUAUUUGAUGAGAUGCAAACCCCAGGAACGGUUUGUCCUGCAACACUGGAAGAGUUACCUAAUGGCAGGGCUCGUGUUCGGUCCCAGUUUGUCUACCCCACUCACAAACCAGAUGAGAAUGUCUUCCAGCGUAAAAUACUUGAGGAGAAAGAUUUAAACUCUGAACAAGAUUCAAGUGAGUUGAGAGAUUCUGCCGAGCAAGCUCAAAUUGCUACUCCUACCCCGCAAAAAGGUUCAAACCAAGUUUUGAAGGAAAAUGAAUCUAAAGCAGAAGUCAGCUUGUCUAAUUGGUUAAGGCCUGCCCCAAUUGAUCAGGAGAAGGGAAACAAGAGAGUGGAGUCUGCUUCUAGCCAGAUCCCGCAUUUUCGGAAAACUUCUGCCGACAGGCCUAUCCUUGGUGUGGCUGCAGCUCACUUUGAAAACGAGGAUUCGAAUAUUUGUCCUCCGAAGUGGUGGGAUGGAAAUGGCAUACCAAAUUCAACCACUAAAUACAAAGAGGAUCAGAAAGUGAAGUGGCAUGCAACACCAUUUGAAAAGAGAUUGGAGAAGGCAUUGACGGAGGAGACUUUUAUCCCUGAAAGGAAGUUUGUUCCUGGAAAGCCAAUGGAUUUUGAUGAUAUUGAAGAGAGUGAUACCGCAUUAUCCCAGAUGCGAUCUUCGAUUAAUCCAGAGUCAGUGGAGUCAUUUUGAUUUGUCCACUCAUUGUAUGGGGUGUUACAUACAUCGGAAAUAUUUCAAAUUUAUGGAGACUAAAUCUCAGUACACAUUCAAUCUACUGAUUGGAUUACAACAAUUUUAGAGCGCAACUGCGCAAGUGUGUUAUGUGUAUGGAGAAAACUCCAUUUACUAGGAAAAAAGUUGAACUGAGAUUUGAAUAAGUAUGGUAGAAAGCUAUGUAUCCAGCACAGGUUCCUCUCGUAGAUAGUCUCAUUGAUACCCAGUAGACCAUAACUUUGAGUGUUGGAUGAAAUUUUUGGCAAUGUUUCUUACGAAAAUUAAAC